AUGUCACCCACUGGUCUCAGGACACACCUACAUGCAGCCCAUAACUUCAAUAUUGAUGCACCCAAUGCUCAUGAAGAUGCUCAACCAUGCCCUCCCCCCAAUGUUGUGCAGGAAUACCACAACAAACUGACAGGAAGGAUUUGUGAUGAGAAUGGUCUGGACAUCCCUCAAGAUGCUCUGCCUCCCCUCCACACUCCCCAAAGUCCAGACAACUGGACACCAUAUUGGAACUGCCUGGAGUUUGAGACUGCUCAACUCCUCUUUUCUCAAGCACAAUUGUCAGCAGGUAAAAUUGACCAGUUACUUCACUUAUGGGGAUCAUCUCUCACACCUCAUCAAGAUACCCCACCAUUUGCUGACCACACCAACCUUUAUAAAACCAUUGAUGCGACCCCAACAGGUGACACACCUUGGGAGAGCUUCAGGCUCAAGUACAGUGGCAACAAACCAUCAGAAGAUGUUCCUUCCUGGGUGAAUAAGUCAUACAAUGUCUGGUUCCAGGACCCCCAAGUUGGCAUCAAGAAUAUUCUUUCCAAUACUAACUUUAAUGCAGAAAUUGACUAUGCUCCAUAUCAUGAAUUUUCAGUGGACAGUCACUCACAAAGGUAUAAGGAUUUCAUGUCCAGCAAGUGGGCUUGGGAACAGGAUGAAAUUGUGAAAGAGCCCCAAGCAUAUGGUGCAACAUUCAUCCUGAUUAUCCUGGGCAGCGACAAAACAACCAUAUCAGUUGCUACAGGCCAGAAUGACUACUGGCCUGUCUACCUUUCCAUCAGCAAUAACAGGUUUUACUUGCUGGCAUUGUGCAGAAUUGGUGUGGCUGAUAACUUGGAUGGAGGUGGUGUGCCCCAUUCCAACUUACUUGCUGAUGUGCUGAAGCAUGCAUUCUCACUUGUUGAAUUGUGGGAUGAACAGGGGAUGGAUGUGGAGAUCAAGCCAUUUACUGACAAGUUCCCUCCAGCCACCAUCUACUUGUUAUUAGCACCUGACAUCCUACAUCAACUGAUCAAAGGGACAUUUAAGGAUCAUUUGGUUGAGUGGGUGACCAAGUACCUUGAGCAAACUCAUGGAAAUGCUGGAGCAAAGGAAAUUCUAGCUGAUAUCCAUCAGCAGUAA